UCGAGGACAACAGCAGGCAUUGUUCUUCAGCGCUGCAGCCCUCAUUGCUUUGCGGAUCGCAUAUAUAAUGCGGGUUACAGGCUGUUACGGAUGCUCUACGCACUCAGUUUCUCCCUUUCACUGACGAGCCUGGAGCUCUCGGUUGUGGACAAUCGUUUUCGUAUUUUCUCUGUUCAAAUCUCUAUCCACGCUCACUCAAGACUGCUACAACACGAGAUAUGGCUCCCCUAUCCUACUUCCUGCUUUCCGUCAUUGCUGCUAGUUUUACCAUGGCAAUACCGACUCUGAGCUCCGCGACGUAUAACCAAAACACAAUCGAUGCGCAAAUUCUCAACUCAGAAUUCCAAGGUCUCAAUGAGACUGACCCGUGCGACUCUGGUCAGAUGGCCUGUGUGAGCGAGGGUGUGGCGAUAUGCCGGUUUGGAUCGUGGAAUAUCACAUCCUGUGGUCAAUCCAACGCUUGUUUCGCUGUGCCCUCUACCACGGGGCCAGGAACGAUCUUGACAUGCACUACUAAGCAGGAUGCGCAAACAGUUUUCCAGGCGGCGGGUGCGCAAGGUCCGCUCUCUAACGGAACAGACACCCGUGCGUUUCCCACAGUGUCCACUUCCUCACUGAGUAUAUCGCCUUCGGGAAAAUCUGCUUCCCAUGCGCCUACCCAAUCCAGCGGUGUCGAAGUGGUAACGGUCACAGUGACCUUGCCUCCUCCAGCCUUCUCCACAUCGCUCCCUCCUGAAGUGCGCACCAUUAACCCGUCCGAAGCUGCGAGCAUCCUGUUGAGUCUGAGUGCUCAAGGCGUCACCGCCUCCCCCGUCUCUACCGCAGCUGCCUCGCCAGCGCAGGUUGUCGGACAUUGUCAUAACACGACUGCUGAGGCGUCUCCCACGAGCUUUGUCCCCUCUAUAUCGACGACUACCUCAUCUAUCUCAACUCACGCAUACUACCAUAAAAGCCGGGCCGCUCGCAGGACAUAGUUGUAGUGUAUCUGGAUGUAGUAAGUCUAUAUCAUUUUAAUGGUUGUAGUAAUAUCAUUGGUGUGCUUUUGGGCGGAACCAUGCGCACAUCAUCGCAACAACCUCACGUGUGUACGAGAUAGCGAGAU